ACAUGUUUUGCAAUGCGACUGAGCGUCUCGAGAAACUUACUUCUCCGAAAAUGCGAGAUUCAUGAAGCACUCAGGCCGCGCAACCAGUUGAGUUCUGUUUACCUUCGUAGCAACCCAGGCGACAUUUGGAGUCCCGUCUGCAAACAGCAUCCUAAAAAUGAAUACCAAUGCUUUGAAUCAUGCUUGCGGUGCCCUUUUCUAUUUCCCCUCUACCUGCACGAGUUGGAGCACGGUUUCCGGCCGUACGGAUCACGCCCAAAAGAAGUAGUCUAUUAAAUCGCCAUCGGUAUACGACCACUCUGUUACUCGCUAGCAAGUUGACUACUCUAACUCUUCCCUUGUUCUGCAUAACAACAUUCGCUGAACAGGACAUCCCCGACCUUGUUUCGGAGGAUAUCAAGAACUCGUGCCCCGCAGACCACAUCGACAAUUCGCCACGACAAGACAAUUCCUCCUGCAGCCACAAAACAACUACACGCGCAAGCCCCAUGGUGAAGCGCGGCGAGCCUAAUUUUUCUCCGAUCUGCGAUGACGACAGCGAACGGAACGACACCGCGUCAUGUAGCCCGCCAGCGAGGAAGAACUCCUCUAAACUAAAAUCCACUUUCAAUACUACUUCCGAAGAAAAACAUGCAAGAUCCUCCUCUCCCAUGAAGAACAACUUCUACUCCCUGACCCCUCUCGCCCCGCACUUCGGCGCGGAGAUUCACGGGGUAGAUUUGCCGAAACUGAUGGCCCAAGAACAGCACCAGACUGGAACUACGGGCGGAUCCUCCUCCUCUUCCUCCUCUUCCUCCUCUUCUCCCUACACGGAGUUUUUCACGCAAGUAAAAGAGGAUUUGGUCAAGCACCGCCUCCUCCUCUUCCGCAAGCAGUUCAACUUCACGGGGCAGCAGCAGGUCGACUUCUCGAAACACCUCGGGAAAAUCGAGUCGACGUUUCACAUAUGCAUUGCAAACAAAUAUGAUAUCUGGGUCUUGCCCUGCAGUUUUUGCAUCUGCAAGAAGUUGUUCUGGGACAAUGCGCGCAGUAGAGCGUAUUAUACAAAGGCUCUUUCUCAUCUACCUGGCCCAUAGUCUGUAGGAGAAGCACCAUUACUUCGCCCUCGAGCCAAAAAUUUCAAAAUUUGACAGUUUUUGCGGGCUGAGCAACACAGAUUGAUCUUUCCUGUUGCAGGAUCCGCAUCACAACUUGGCACGACGAUGAAGACAUGGAAUCUUUUUGCGGUGCAUAUCACAAGCACGAGAAGUCCCCGCACUCCGACAUUUUUCGCGUUUCCAAUAUGGGAGUGUCAGAAUCGAAAUUAACAAAAUCGAAAUGAUUUGUCAUGCAUAAAAUACAUUCCAGCUCGAACCCAGUUUCUAAGUGGCGCAUGACAAAUUCUGGUGGUGCCUGAAUACAAUUUGUAAUGCUGCUUAGGCAAGGAAGACUGCUUCUCUCAUGCUGCUUUAGCAGCUCGAGCUAUAACCCCAAACAGGCUUACAAUCGGCCUCACUUGCCUGCUCUGCAUCGCACACAUUUCGCGUCAUGUAUUUUAUGCAUUACAAAUUUUUCGAUUUUGUCAAUUUCGAUCCUGACAGUUCCAUAUCCAACGACGAGGCGGAGGGGUGUACGAAUGUUGGGAGAUCCGGGUGGCACGUGGACGGGACGUUUAUGGAGACGCCGUUCUAUCCCGUGCAAAUAUGUCUGGGUCUGGAAGAUUCCGAGUUUGUCAUGCUAAAUCUCGUCGAAGCAAAAAUUGGUGUUGCGUGACCAGGACGAAAAGUCAGCACUUUUGGUGACCAGAAGGCACCAUUUCUCAUGCGGAUUGUGCAUCGCGGAGCCUUCUCAAAACUUGCGAUGCUAGAGCCGACAGUCCAGACCUUCUGGGUCAUGCGAGAGCUGUAUCACAGAUCUUGCAUCUUCCAGACCCAGACAUAUUUGCACUGGAUACGUUCCAGUACCAAACCAUGUACUUCGAAUCGGUGGCGGAGGGCGGGGACACGCUGUUCAUGCCGUUGAAAGAGUUUUACGAACAGCAGACGACUGACUGCCGAAAUCGCUGGAGCACGCUGUGGAUGGUCACCGGGCGGAGGCAAGCGCCGGUGCAUCCUCUGGUCUACCAGCACCCCCACCGGAAAGACACGACGAUGUUGUUUCAUUGCGGGGAGCCGUUCUGCAGCGGGUGGCUGCGGGACGAUGUGGAUCAGAACCGGGGCCAGGAGAGACUUCUCCAUCCGCGGAUCGUGCAAAAGGAGCUGACGGAGAAACUACAGAAGGCGAUGGAAGAAAAUAUAGGGCUGGCGAUGAAGUGGCAGAAGGGGGAUUUUGCUAUCAACGAUAACCUCGGAUUGGCACACUACGCAACCGAGGGUACGCAGGGGGACCCAAGAAGGGCGGGUUUGCGGAUUUUGCACCGCACGACGGUUGUUGGCGGGGAAGAAACGAUUCCGCGAAAAGCGGAUGGCCGGAGAAGCUUUUUUCCGUGAAAGAAUGUACUUAAAUGAUGUCACGCAGAUUACAGAAUCUAAGACUCGCAGUUGCAGUUUGACAAUGCUCUGUUGACAAAAACUGCAGGCCCGGUCAUUGAUAAUUGUGGUAUAAAAAUCCCUUGCCCAGCACGGAGGUGUCGCAUUCGUCGUCCAAAAAAACGGACAAAUGGAUC